CUGCUGUUUAUGGUGCGCGCUGUCAUGGAGUUUGCGGGCUUCUUGUCCUCCUCCCCUUCCUCAUCCUGGGCUGUCUCUGGGCGGACAAUGGUGGCAAUUCCUCUAGCUAUGGUGCUGUGCCUUGCUGCCUGCCCCAUGCAGGCCAACGCCUUUGCGUUUCCUGCAGUUCCUACAUUACCAUCAAGGAGUGCUGGUAGCAAUGGCAUGUCAUUUCGGAACAGGUCCCCAGCACUUCGCAUGGUGGACACUAUGGGAGAGGAAAAAUCAAAAGUCAAAAAUGUUGAAGAGGUGACAAAGAAGUGGGGCCUGGAAGCAGGUCUCUUCACUGCACUAACCAACAAGAACAAGGAAGGGCCAGACGCAAAGCAGCUCUUGGCAAAAUAUGGUUCUGCAUACUUGCUGACAUCCAUUUCUCUUUCACUUGUCUCUUUUGGAAUUUGCUAUGUUUUGGUCGACAACGGGGUUGAUGUGGCCGCUUUAUUGUCCAAGGUUGGAAUCACAGCCAAUGGAAACACGGAGACUGCUGGGACUGUUGCUAUUGCCUAUGCAGCGCACAAGGCUGCUUCACCCAUUCGGUUUCCUCCCACUGUUGCUCUGACGCCGUUGACAGCCAAGUACUUGUUUAACAAGAAGGUUGAAGACUCUUCAGAUGAGCAGCAAUAACCCGUCAUCCUUGACGACUUGUAGCAGAACACUGUUUCAGUAAACGGACCUCGCACCUUG